UUGGCAGGUUUCACUGGUUAAAAGAUGGCUUCUGGAGGUAAAACACAACACAUUUAUUGUUUUUCUUGUUGCCUCAUUGUUCACUACUAAAUGUCUUAUUUUCAUCCCAGUUUAGAGGAAGUUCAACCACAGCCCUUGUGGAAUGGACCUGUAAAUUUAUUGCAACAUGCAAAAUAUUUUGCUUGACGCCGACCUCCGAGAGACCUCCUGAACAGUCAGUGAGGUCCACUCAAGGUGAUGUGUAUCCGUCUGACACCAUUGCGACCCAGUCAACAUGUCCACUGUCCUCACUCAGGUGUCCUCGCCUCCCAAAACCAGUUCGAGGCGCUGUCCUGUGGGGCCGAGGUUGGUGUUCGAUGGCACCGGCAGUGGGUUAAAGGUCAAACAUGAGCAGGAUUCUUCCCGUGCGGUCCGCCAAAGAUACACGGUGACUCAUCCUGCAGCUAAACACGACCGUAGAAAGUUUGAGAAGAUGUGCGUGUCGAGGUGUCUGCGCUGCGUGGGCGUGUUCCUGGUUGCCUUGGCGAUCGUCUGCGUGCUGGCCAACAUCCUGCUGCUGUUCCCCGAGAUGAAGGUCCGCUUCCUGCUGGAGGGUCACGUGACCAGAGAGGCCACCUGGGCCACAGGGCUGUGGAGCUCUGGCGUCCUGGUUCUACUCGGAGCUCGAGCGUUUGUGCGUAGCAGCCAAACACGAGGCUGCUGUGCCUUCAGGGGUCAGAUGUUGCGUCAGGCGCUGUACUCGUGUUUGUGUCUGCUGGCGGCUGGCAUGUGUUGUCUGGUCAGCGCCACAGGACUUGUUCAAGGUCCUCUUUGUCUCUACAACACCACAUCUGGACCGGCCUGGGGGGUCCCGCUCAAACCCACCGCAGACCAGGACGCUGGGUAUCUGUACAACAGGACUCUGUGGUCAGGAGUGUGUUUGGAGCCCGGGGGUGUGGUCCUUUGGAACGUGGUUCUCUUCAGUGUGCUGGGGGGCGCCAGUGGGCUCCAGAUGGUCCUCUGUGGCGCCAACGUCCUCAACGCGCUGCUGGGACUCGUCCUGGGACGAGGCGCAUCCAACAACAAGGUGGUCCCAGUUUCAGUGUGACCCCCAACAACACCACAGCUGUGGUCCUUCUCCACUCAAGUAAUCUUGUCUUUAGUGGUACAGCACUGAUGCACUUUUACAACAAGUUAAGCUCCUUACCAUGAAACUUGAAAACAAAUGAAGCUUGUUUCCGCAUAAUUAAGCACAUUCUCCUACUACUGACUACACAUUUUAAGCAUUCUAAUAUGUUGGAAAAACAUUUUUGUUUAGUAUUUUGCGUAAAUUCUAUUAACCUGUUUUAUUGGAAUAAUUUAUUAGUUUAAUAUUUUGUAAAUGUAACCCUCAGGGGACAAAGGCUGACUUUUUUCCCCCCUUGAGUACAUUUUUGCUGUAUUUUUGGAUAUGUUUGUUGUGUUAUUCUAUUACACAUGAUUUGUCCUAAGACAGUUUUUUCCUGUCAAAUUUUAAAAUUCCAAUGUUCAAUUAUUCGAUAGAUGUACAAUAACAAUACCCCAUAGCCAAACAGAACGUUUAAGUCCUUUUUUUUUUCCAAAAAUGUUGGAUUCAUAUUUUUUGCCUAGAUUUCUCAAUCAACAUAAGUCUUAGACAAAAAUACCAAACAUGGAAUGUUCUGUUUUCUUAAUCCUUUGAAGGCCUUUCAAAUUAGUCUAUCAUUUGUUCAUUCAUUUUCAAUUUACAACUGAAAAAACAAAAAAAAUGUUUUUUUCCAAUAUUUGCUACGAAAAACAGAUGAGAAAUAUUUUUUCUAAUUUCUGAUUUUGUGCACAAUUGGAAAAUGGACAAAACGAAUAACCGGUUAUUUCCUGCUAAUCUAUUUGAGACACAAGUUUACCCGGAAGUAGUUUUACGUGGACUUGGGCUUGCAGGUAAACAAACGUAAAAGAAGACAGGAGGACCAUUUCAUCGAACUGGUGGAAGAAAAAAAACGCUCAGUUACCACAAAUAAGAAGCCAGUUGACCGCUUGUGCCUUUGAGCGCAGUUAAAUAAUAUUCCACUAGAUGGCAGCAGGUAGCUAAGGCCUUGUUAGUCCCACAAUAUAAUUAGAACAUUUUGAAUCACUGAUGUAGCAGUGACAAAUGUAGAUGAAUAUCUGCUAAAGGAAAUCUAAAAAUGUGGCCGCUAUAAAGACGUUUAUUUGCAUCUCCGUAUAAGGAAAUGGCAACGCAACAUGACGUCUUGUUCCAUACAGCGUUUCAUCGGAUAUCGCAGUUAUAUCUGGAUUUUUAAAAAUGCAUAUUUUUCAUGUUUGGCUAGGCAAAAAUAAAGAAAUUCCAUAUGCUCAACUUGAUUUACACUCCAUCAGUCCUCCUGUCUUCUACGUUUGUUUACCUGCAAACCUAAAUCCCCGGGAAACUACUUCCGUAUAAACUUGGUGCCUAAAAUGGAUAUGCAGAAAAUAAGUUAAUAUGCCCGUUAUCCAUUUUGUCCAUUUUCCAGUUGUGCACAAAAUUUAAAAUUAGAAAAAGUAUUUGUGAUUCGUUUUUUGUUUUGUUUUGGGUCUGUAAACAAAGAGUGAAACUAGUUGUUGUUUAGUAUUACAUUGAAAUGAUUCUUUUGAUCAAAUAAUGUCACCAUUUUCAUUUAGUAACAUUUGCAUAACAUGGUUUAUUUUACUCAUUUAAAUCUUGGACAUUAUCUGAUAAAGGGCUUCCAAAAUGGUCAAAAAUUUAAAAAAGAAAACAUUACCGGGUACAUGUUUGAUAUUUUGGUCUAAGACGGAAGUUUAAGAAAUUGGAGCAUAAAAAAAAGGUUUUUAAUUCCCUUCACUUUUAUGUCUUGUUUGACUUUAUAGAUAAUUUAAUUUGAAUGUCCCCAGAGUAUUGAUUAUUAGUUUGUCCCUGAUCAAUAAUAUGUAUAAAGAUGAAAUAAAGUGUAUUGAUAGACCUGUCUUGUUAAUAAAUGUAUGACACUUGGACCGCAGUAUAGUCCUCAAACAGCAGGGGGCGAUGUUGGUUGACGUAAAAGGCCCCACGUGGGCAGUUGAGUUGUAAAGUGAUUAGAAAUAUUGCUUUUGGACAUUUGUGUUUAAUUUAAAACCAUGUACAAACAUUUUAAGAAAGAAGAUGAGAACCAAAGUAAAGGCCAAAAGAGAUGUAAACAGGUGCAUCAUGUAACUGUAAACAAGGCUUGAGGAUGGAAUGUGUGUCAUCCAGGAAGUGCUUGUUUCUUCGCGCACACACACUGUGGCGCUGUUGUGAAGGUCAGUGUAGUGACCUGUGUGUUUGCACUAGCAACAUGAGUGAAACCAGCAGGAAUGGAAAAAGCACAGAUGUUACCACUUCCACUGACCAGAAUCACACAUCUGAUCUGUCACACAUCCGUGUGUGUGUGUGUUCUUGUAUUUCUACCCUUCUUGAGACAUCAACAAGGAAAAGUACCUCCCAUAUGAGGACCGGUGAACAAGUGAUGACAUAAAUCAUGGUCCUAAUAACAUUGCAUCUAAUAGAGAAUGUCUCAUUUGCACCCCUGGUGGUGAAAUGUAUC